UCUCAUGGAUGUCGCGGCGUUUUAGACGCAUUUUUAUAUAGCGACGCAGCCUGAAUACAAAUCAUUAGCGGCAUGAUCCCGUCCAGGAACAAAAUGUAGGUCACGCACGCUACGGCUAUUGGGCCAUGCCGCACGCUGGAAAGGGAGCUCUCUCUCGGGAAGAAGCCGAGACUCUUCUGUACAGCGUCGGUGUGAACAUCGAGCCUAUCGGCUGACCCGAGGGCAAAUUUCAUUUGCAUGCGGUAUGAGCCACUAUUCGCCGUUAGAGCGCGUUUACGCGUCGCCAGAACUUAGCAUGAACGAGCAUGCCUCGCUGUACGAGUACUGGCGUAGGCUUCUCAUGGAGGAGCAGCAGAACGAGGAGCGUAACCACUGGCUCAUGCGCAAGCUGGACGAGAUAGAGCAACGCACCAGCCUGCUUAGCGAACGCUCAGAGAGACUCAGACAACUCAGGGAAAAUUUUUCAGAGUUGAUCCGGGAACGUUAUCUGAGCCCUGAAGAGAUGAGCUACAGAUACGAUUACAACCAGCCGACGAAGGCAUCAGAGUACAGCCCUCCCGAGUACAUCCCCGACCCAAUUUUGUUUGGCUUGUCGACGCCUCCCUGGGUGCCCCGCGAAGGUCCUCUCCUGCUCUCGCGCACCCAGACACCCGAACGCUGGAAGCCUCCACGUUCACCUACGGCGGCAUCAGUGCCUCCUGUUCACCACCAACCUAGGGCCCCGUCGCCGCACCCAGCGACAAAGGAACAGGUCAGCAGUCCCGACAGACGCCCGCGAUACCCUGACGGCGAGACGAGCGAGCCGUGGUUCAACCACUUUGCUAAGAAUAGCGGCGGGUCCUUGCUUGAGCCUUCAGUGUACUGGAUGCCGGACAGUGCCGAGUUCUUUCGAACUACGAGCGCGUUGGACAGAAAACCCGCACGGUCAAUGGCCGCCGAGGAGGAGGACAACAGGCAGCAGGUCGCCACGGACGCGGCAUCGUCGACGAAACAGCAGCAUCAGCAACAGCAGCAGUACCCCUCUCAGCAACAGAUGCCUUCGCGCAUGAGCCAGUUCUCGGACUACAUCCCGAGCAACGAGUCGCCACCCGCGGCGAGGAGGCGCCUGGGGCCGUCCACCAAGCCACCGGACCUCGAAGGCGUCUUCAUCAACCACACGACCGAAGUGCUUCUCUCGGACACCGGGGCAACAGGCAAAACGUACCAGCAGCAGGAGCAUCGCGUUGGGGACACAAAGAAAGCAGCGGACAGCGACACGAGCGGAGACAGCUUCCACCAGGGAGACACCGACGAAGGUCGGCACGACCCGAAGUUGAUACCCACGGUGCGCCUCCGUAAGCCCAGCAGAAAUCAUGGCGGUCAGGCAGCAGCGAGCCGUUCCAGGGAAGGGCAGGACAAUGGACCUCCCCUGAAGAAGCAGGGGUCAUUCAAGCAGUCAAGGAGAGAGGCCAGCCGUGAAGCGACCCCGUCAUCUCGAGGAGCACAACCGCACCCUGCGCCGCGGAAUGCCGCGAUGUCGUCGAGGCGGCCGUCAAAUGGCGGUGGUGCGGAGCUCAGCAAGUCUACUCCUAGCGCAUCAAGGACGGCGGCGAAGGAUGCGCACGAGUCUGAGCGGUCAAGCAGGAGAGCGAGACAGCAUGCCCGAACGGCGGCUCAUGAGUCACUGUCUGACCGUAGUGACGUCAAACCAGAGGCACGUGACGCCUCCGAGAGGAGCGAGGCCACCGACACGGCUCGCGGCAAGGACAGCGAUUGGUCGGUGUCCUGCGGCGAACAGCAGCAGCUGAGCGACAGCAAGCAGGACGCCUCGCGGGAAGGUGGUCAGCGAAGUGACGAGGGCGCGCGGGUCCAAGACUCGAAGCUUCAGCUGCCCACGGAGCAGGCUCACGUCUCCUGGCACCGACAGUCGGGCACAGACAAGCUCGUAAGAAGCGGUAGCGAAGGACAGCUUCUAGAGCUGGACUCGUCGGGACACCGCACAGAGAGAAGAAGCGUGCCAGCUGCACUGGUGGAGUCACGCCACCUGGCAGGCCACUCCGAACGCAUGGCACUACCAACCGGAGAGGGACAAGAGACCGACCACCAUGAGACCAAGCACACGAAUUCCGGUGAGGCACCGAAGAAGUCAACCGAUAAAUCGAAGGGCAAAUCUCAUCAAAAGUCUAGGAGCGUGAGCAGUUCGAGUAGUUCCAGUAGCAAAAGCUCGUCGUCUAACAGUCCCAAGGAGGCACCGGGCGGCAAAGGGAAAGGUCACUCGAACGAUAACAGCGAGGACAGCUUUUUCGAUAAGGACAUUCUACCGCAAGAGACCACUGCCUACCAAUUUCUCCUCGGCAAUGUGAAGCCGACUGCUCCGGAAAAGCCAUCCGUGAUGAACCAACCGUCGGAGAGCAGCACUGACAUCGAGAACGAAAUGGCAGCCGCGGUUAUGACCAGCCAGCCCAAGUAUAAAAAGAGUCCCGAAGAGCUCGAGGAUUCCAAAGCUGGCAGCAAUGAUAGCUCCCCUCCGGAGUAUGACGUGACCUCUGUCAACAUACAGAAUCUCAUCAGCGCCAAGGUCAAACAUGACGUGCCUUCACUUAUUUCACGGAAAGUCCUGGGUCUCGACAUGUAUUCGGAACCAAAGAUAAUGCAGAGCCAAAAACACGAUGACGAGGAUAGCUUCUUCGACUGACUGAAGAACGCAUCGCGAAGCUCAACUCUGCAUCUCCGUGCGUUUCGGCGCAGCCUGCAGACGUGUUCGCCGUGUGCUUGGAACACUUAUUUACAGUGGGUGUGAACUGAAGCACUGUUCCAAAAGCGCGCUGUUUCACUGAAUAACUUGUGAAAGUUAUUCACACGUAUACCGUUGCUCCACGAGAUCUCGCGAAAACGCCUUGCGGGCUGUUUGUGAGUGCUCUCGCAACAGAGACUACAUGAAAACUAGACCUUAGCUAUAGCCAACGCAUCGGCGAUUUCAGGUCACGAGUUUGCUAUUAAUUUCGCGCGCUCACCAUAUAUAGCAAGCCCCUGACGCGCCUUCUCCCAUUUAAGAGAGAGAAUAUGCUCAAUUAUGGCGUCGCUUAUUCACUUUGCCUUCAUAGAAUGUAGCUAUAGGUAAAACGGGUGAAAACAUGAGCAAGAAGUAGCGAACAAACGUGUGUAGAUUAACUGUAGGUUGUAGAACAGACGCAAAAUCAUUAAUUAAUAAAACAUGAACGCCUCUGAAACCGGGACGUUGUCGAGAGUGAUAGGAAGUCAAAUGACUGACCAUAAUGGGCAGGUCGCUAUGUGGUCAGUGCAGAACCUACACAGCAUAUAUCGAAGCCGCACUCACUACUUCCACUGUGAUGCCGUAGAUAAGAGUGAGAUAUAUGCCGGUGUAGAUAACAUGCAGCCUUUCAGAAGGAUUUCGGAACUGCGCGCCAGCGGUGACGUUGCAGUAAUCCGCACACCAGCCGGAAAUAUUUGUUCAGGGCGAAGAUCGUCUAGGAUAUAUAUUCACGUUGUUCUCUUGGAUCUUGUACCGUUAGUGAAGUGUGGGAGAGUUUCGGUAGUGGUUCGUGUAGUACAUUUGCGUCAAGUGCACUUCAGGCCACUCGCCUUUCAGCACCGCAGUGCAUAUAAAUAGACGCUAGGAACGUGUGCGGCUGCGUUGUGUCGUCUCAAACGUUGGUGUCGUUUACAAUUUGUAUGGAUGACCGAGGUGUGUGGCGAUUAUGUGCUGCCGAUUUCUCCGAUUGCUCAGCGUGACUUCGUCGCUGCGUGGUGGCCCAGCACUUAUCCAACGAGAAAAACAACUACGCCUUUAUCGAGCAAUACCAUGCUAAUAAAGAAUUACCGGUAUAUUCCUGGCCUUCCUACUUUCGCAUUACGCUAUUGUAGACGUACUCCCCAUUCUUAUUUGCACUAUCUUGCUGAAGUUCUAUACUGAGGGUGCCUUCUUGUCUAUAACUAUAGCGUCAAACUGUUCCAUUCAAACGACAAGUAAUGAAAUGUUAGAAUUUCUGUGAAUUCGUUCGUGUA